CACACGCACGCACGCACGCACACACACACACACACACACACACACACACACACACUUGUGGUGAGAGAUGGUUGAUUCCGGGGUGGUUACACAACGUGUGUCUAACAUGACAGAAAAGCAGAAGGGCAGUGGCAGUGGAAAAAAGAUGAGCUAACGGUUCUAUGUCACUAUGCAGUAGUCGCUUUUAUUUUCGGUUAGAAUCCGCAUGGCUUAGACGUUUAAAAUGAAAUAAUCUGUAAAGUACAUAAAGGAUCUACUUUACUAUACUUGGAACCAACAGACACCCGGUGAGAUGAACAAUAUGGACGCAAACUUUACGGAAACGUUAGAAGAGUUUAUGGAAAGCGCACUUGUUACUUGGGUGCAUCUCUUUGAAGACAUGGCUGGUGAUGAAGGCCAGGACUAUAUGGAAGUGAACUCCAACUCCCAUAAUGCACUAAAGGGGUACCUGCGCCUCACCAAUGGAGUCUACCUCAAUGAAGUCAUGAGAAUCAUUGAUUCUAAUCCAAAGGUAGAGCAGAUUUAUCAUAAUGUGGGUGAUGAUAAGAUUCUCCGAGUUCAAAACUUCUCCAUCCUCAACCGGCACCUCAGGUCUUAUUAUCAGGAAAAUCUUCAGCAACUGGUUUUAAUGCCUCUUCCCAAUGUAGCAAUUUUGGGGCGAGAUCCUCUCACUGAGGGAGCUCUGGAGGAGCUAAGAAGGUUGUUGCUGCUGUUAUUGGGAUGUGCAGUUCAGUGUGAGACGAAGCAAACGUUUAUUCAGCAGAUCCAGUCACUUAACAUCGAGACUCAGGCAGAACUUGCUCUUUGUAUACAGGAGGUGACUCAGGACCCGAGCUCAGUCCUGCCACUGCAAUACGGAGAGGUGUGUGCACUGGACGGGCUGGAAUUACAGGCACUGCUUUGUUCCCUUGCUCGACAGAUCCAGGGCCUCCUGGCUCAGAGAGACACACAUCUAGAGAGAAUUGCAGAGCUGAGUGUGCAAUGUGAGUCAGUUUCGUCCCCCACAGCACCCCCUACGGGCCUCUGGCAAAAUGCUCCAGAGGGACUGUCCAUCCAACUGGCAGAUAGCAAAGCCAAACAACGAAGACUCAAACAGGAACUGGAGGAUAAAGAAGAUCAAUUAAUUGAUUACAAACGAGAAAUACAAACUAUGGAAGAGGAACUUAAGAAACUACAGUGUGAGAACCGAGCACUGCAGGGCGAAGUUCGUGUCAGUCGGAAUCUGCGAGACGAAGUGGACUGUAUCCGUGAGCGUGCAAACAGAGCAGAGCAGCUACAGAUGGAGCUUAAGACUUGUACACAUCGUCUGCGUAGCAUGGAGCUGUACCGCACUCAACUGAAGGAGCAGCAGCAGUACUGUGCUUCACUGCAGGAGAACAAGGCCCUGCUGGAGGAGCAACUUGAUGACGCACGGGCACGAUGCUCUGCCCUACGGGAACUGGAAAAAGACAAUCUUUUGCUCAGGCAGAAACUCAUGGACAUGGAGGCGGAGCGGGAUGUGGAGAGGCAGAGGGUCGACGAGAUGUUGGAGAUGAAUAUGAGUCUGCAGAUGGAUCUAAAGCACCCAUCUCAUUCUGCGGAUGUUACACAGAGAAUGUCUCAUCCUCGUGUACUCUACUCUGAGCUGGAAUCUGAUGAAGAGUUUCAGGAACCCAAAUCCCCUGAAGAUCAUGAAAUGGACCUGAAGCCACUGAGUGUGGAGGUAAACGAGGCAUCCUCACUAAGGCUUCUGGGAGCUGAGAACGAAAAUGCUGAACUGAGGAGACGACUGGAGCACCUGCAAGCCGAGCAAGAGGCUCUGCAGACCAACACUCCUGAAGUGACAGAGGCUCUUCAGAGACAGACAGACAGACUCAAACAACUGGAAGAAGAGCACCAGAAUACCCUCAGAGAGUUUCAGAACCUGAAGAAUGAAAAUACCAGUCUAAAGAGAAACCUUGAAGAGCUGGAGAAAACCAGACUCCAAGAAAAGCAGAAGGAGAGGUCAGCUGGAGAGGUGGAGAGAGAGAUCCCGAGAGGGGAGUGUGAAGGAAAAGAUAUGGGAAAAGAGGAGGCAGACAAAAGACAGAAGAGAAAGGAAGAGAUGAUGAGAGCACAGAGGGAAGAUGGAGAAGGAGAGGAAGUCCUCCUAAAAGAGAGAAAAGAAAAGACUAAUAAUGAUAUAGAGAGAAAAGAAAGAGGCGAAGCAGAAGGACAGAAAUGGACAGGGACAGGAAAAAAUAAAAUUGAAAACAUUACAUCAGAGGAGGAAAGCAAAUCAGAUGAUCAGAUAUCCAUACAAAAAGCAAACCAAGAAGAAGAAGUGAGAAAGAUGGAGGUGGAGGUGGAUAAGCUCCACAGGGAGAUCUACGUGCUAUCCACUCAGCUUCAGCAGGCAGUUGAGAAGGCAGAUCAGCAAGCAAAACUGGUCCAAGAGCUGCAAUCCAAACUGGGAGAGCAGACUAAGAAGUCUCGGGAGACGGAGCAGAAAUUGGCUCUUCUGGAAGUUGAGAGCCAGAGAUUGAGGAAAACAGCAGAGAGCCUGACUGAGGCUAGGAAACAAAUAGAGAUUUUGCAGUGUGAAUCCAUGCACCAGGAGGAGGAACUGAUGCGUCUGCGCAGUCAGGCAGAGCUGCAGAAGAUGGAGGCUGCACUUAUUCCUCAGCUAGAGGGAGAGAGAGCUGCACUGGAGAGGGAGAGAGAAACCCUCAAAGCAAACAUCGAUUCUCUUCGAGCCUCAGUGCGCAAGGGUGAUCAGCUUGAGUUGACCAAUCAAACUCUGAAGGCGGAGCUUGAGCGUUUAGGACGGAGCUUGGACUCUGCCCGUCGACGAGAGGAGGAGCUAGAAGUUGAGUUGAAGGAGUCUGGCCUAGAGAUCGAAUCUCUGGGCAAGAGGCAGGAUGAGGCCAUGCUGGAGGUUGCACGACUGGAGCAGGAGAAGGAGGUGUGUCAAUCUGAGCUGGACAGUCAACGGCGUGAGCAGAGACAGAAAGAGCGUGAGAUGGCCAGACUCCGGCAGCAGCUGGAGAGCACCGCUUCGGCCCUGGAACAUGGCAAUCAGAGGGCCUGCAGCCUGGAGCUCCAGAACAGACGGGUGUGUCAGGAACUUGCCCAGCUCAAAGAGACCUGCAUUCAACUAGAGGAACUGAAGAAGGAGAACACACAAUUGAAUGCACUAAAUGCAGAGAACAGCACACAGAUCACCUCUUUAACACAGGAGAUAACCAGUGAGAGAGUACAGUCCCAGACGUUGAGCACUCAGGUUGCUGAGUUAAACCAGUUAAUUAAAGAGUCCGAAGCUAAGCUUAAAUUGGCCACCUCACAAUUUGCACAGCUGCAAGCUGAGCAUACCAGAGUAGUGUCGGAGACCAAUGCGUCUCUCGGCAAUUCAGGCACUGGGAGGAAAGACGAUUCCAGACAAAGUCCAAAGCAGAGAGAAAGAGCAGAGGAGGCACAUAUCAGCUCUGAGAAUCAGGUCGCAGCCAUUGAGUCAUCCUCUAAAGACAAAAAAGCAGAGAGUGCUGAAAUCAACAGUAAGAGCCAACAUCCUGACAGCGAGAAGCUGAUACAUUUGGAGAAAAAGCUUGUAGUGCUGCAGGAGGAACGAGAGGUGUUGCUAACACAAUUGGCACAGUCACAAACAGCCUGCACUCAGCUGCGAGAACAGUUGGACACACUGCAACGUCAGUCCAUCAGCCUGCAGGAGAGCUGCUCUAAACUGCAGGAGCUCAACACCAAACUACAGGUGGAACAGGCUUCUCUAAGCUCCCAGAAUGCCUCAUUGUUGGCACAGCGUAGAGAGAUUGAGGUGCGAUGUGCCACUCUAGAGGCUGAGUCUAAGGUGUGGCAGAAAGAGAAAGAAGAGUCAGCAGUGCGUUGUGAAUCAUUGAGAAGGGACCAUGAGAGGCUGACAGCUUUACAGCAGAGGCAGGAGGCAGAACUGGAAGAACUACUGGCCAAGCACAGUCAGCUAAAGAGCAGCAGUCGAGCUGUAGAGGCUCAGUACAGAGAACUGGAGGCCAGACAUAAAGAGCUGAUGGAAAGCAAAGCUAAGAUGGAGGAAGCUGAGAAAGAAAUACAAGCAGAGAGAGAGAGAAUGGAGAGGGCCAUACAGGAGCAGGUCGACAGAGAGAAAGAGCUGGAAUGGCUAAAAAUGGAGAACGAGAGGUAUGUGAACCAGCAGAAGGAGUGGGUCCAGGUGCAGUCGGAGUUAAUGGCCCAGGUUUCGGUUCAGCGUAGUGAAAUGAGCACGGCCCAGCUAGAGCGAACCAAAUUGGAGGGAGAACUCAACAUGCUGAAAGAACAGAACCAGCAACUGGACCUGAACAAUGUCCGCCUCAACAGCCAGUACCAGCUUCUUAAUCAGUUGAAAGGGAAUAUGGAGGAGGAGAACAGGCACCUGGUAGAUCAGAACCAGUGUCUAGCCAAAGAGAACCGAACCCUUCUGGAACGCAGCCUCGAGAGCCGAGACCAGCACCACAACCAGCAGAGAGAAUACCUUGAUAAACUGAACGAGCUACGCAGAGAGAAGCAGAAAUUGGUGGAGAAGAUAAUGGAUCAAUAUCGGGUUCUGGAGCCUAGCAUGUCUGCACCCAAACAACCCAAGAAGUCUAAUUGGAUCGCUGACCGUAUGAAGAAGCUGAUAAAGCCUAAAGGAGGCAGGGACGGUCGUGCUCAGUUUAUCACCAUCGGCAGCAUGGACAUCCUGGAAGAGCCUGGAGACUCUGCGCUGCCCUCCUCCAUCACAUCAUCAGCUUUCAGUCAGGAGCAGGACCCCAAGAGCGCCCGGGGAUCUCCAUCGACUCUGAGGAGAGUGUCCUCUCAGGGAGACACAGAUGAGCCUUCCAAAGUGAUCCUGAGGACAACACGCCGUAAACUGGGCUCCUCCAGACAUGUCUGGGGUAUAAGGAGCCGAGAGGGAGGCGUAUCCCAAUCCUUCAGCCCGGGAGACAAUCGCUCACGGCCAAUGCGCCGCUUAAACCCGCCAUCCAGUGCCUUGUGGGAAAAAGACCAGGACGGGAGUCCAACGCCUAGUGAGGAGGGAAGAGGUGAGAGUGACGAGAACAUCACUCCUGAACACUCGGACGUUAGUCGUGUCUCCUCUGGAGCUGAAGAUUUACAUUCCAGUUUUGACAAAAGCCUGGACAAGGAAUGACAGCGAGAUUCAAGCCACUGUGAGACAUGUAUGACCAUAUUUUAUUUAGUUUUUCAAAUUUUUCAUUUAUAUGCUAUUUUUAUGUAAACUGUUUUAUAUUUUAUAAGCUUGUAAUAGUCCAUGAUAUAUAUUUGGUAAAUGCAACAGAAUGGUUUUGCACUGUUAUUUAAAACAAAUGUACUUUGCAUAUAUACAGCUGGAAUAAAUUCAUUUUUGUACUUUAAA